GGCUCAGUGGAGGAUUUUGUUUCUCCAGGUCUCACGGAAUGAAAAUCUCAACCAUUUUUCAACAAUCGAACAAAAGAUUACAGCUUUAUGCUUAAGCAUAUUGGCAUAUAUAGAUAAAUAAGGGGGGAUUUCUCUGUUACCAAUUCCAAAAUUUCGGGGGUUAUCUUAAUUCCUGAUUAGCGUGAGGUGUUCAUAUUACUAUUCUGUGAAUACUGCACAUGUGGAUUUCACAUCCCAAUGUUCACAGGAACUUAUGGCUCAUUAUACACGAUGUUUACAAGAUUAGUACUUUUGUGCAUGAGACUAGAUGGAUUAUCUUGAAAGUAGUCAAUUUAAGAAAACGCGUGCUCUUGUGAAAUGUGAAGUCAUGAGCGUGGGCGCGUGGCACAAUGGACUUCAAACGGAACCCUAAGUUUACCAGGUUGAGGUUGGGGUAAGUGUGACUGUGUGAGGACUACCCCUAUACACACAUUGUUAGCUUGUUACCGUCCCUAAAAAAAGAGUUAAACUUAGUGGCUUAACUAAAAGUUAACUUUCUGUUCCAGCUAUUGUAUACUUGUAUGGUACAACCAAACAUAACAAAGGAACCAUUUCAUAUUCUUUUUCCAACCAUUUUCCCCAUGUAUCCUGCUGUUCUGAACUUAGCACCUGAAUAUGUCCUGUACUGCAGUAACCAGCUAAGACCAUGCUUCAGGGUCAUCAAGUUAUUAUUUCAACGAGAUACACUUGUCUACGCCUGUGUAGCGUAUCACAUACUGAAAAACUAGAUGCCUAAGCCUAUCAAAAAAAAUAAACUAGAGGCCUAAGUUUGGAGGUGUGAAAGCUAAAGCAGCUAGUAAAUGGUUUAAAUCUAGGCUAGUGGAUCCUGGUGGUACAAGUUCUAUGAAGUGAUUCUGCAAACUUACCAUUUGUUAGCACUAGUAGGUGCGCGGGACCGGGUGUUUAAAGAUGCCAUGAGUCAUGUUAUUAAUGUGUUUACCUUUGUUACUUCCCCUCUUCACUUUCACUAUAGGUCAUACAGGAUGGCAACUGCUGAAGAUGAUUUCUCUCAGUUUGACAUUUCUACUGAGGAAAAGGAUAGGCUAGUUGCAGAAGUGAUCAGAUAUGUCCUUUUCAAAACCCAGCAGAAUUCAGGUUGCCCAAUCAAAAGAGACGAGCUUACUCAACUGGUUACCAAAAACCACAGACAGAGGGCUCUCCCUGGUUAUGUGAUCAAUGUGGCUAAAGAAAAGCUCUUAAACACUUUUGGAUAUGAGAUGAGGGAGCUCCAAAGAUCUCGUUCUUCAACUAAUCAGGGUCGCGCUUCACAACAGAGUGCUCCUGAUUCAAAAUCAUAUGUUAUUAUAAGUCACCUACCUGCUGAUGUGUACAAGAAAUAUAUUGAAGAUGCUAAUUCGUCGCAUCUGACUGGUUUUACUUUCGUUGUUAUUAGUGUUGUAUAUCUUGCUGGAGGCAAAAUCACAGAAGAAAAUCUGUGGCAUCAUUUGAGGCGGCUGGGAUUGUCUGAAAAUGACGAAGGCCAUCCUACCCUUGGAAACAUCAAGCAGGCUCUGGAGGGACUUGUCCAACAAAGAUAUCUGCAGAAGGAAAAAUCUAAUGGCCCGGAAGGAAAUACUCUUGUUUAUGAGCUUGCUGAGAGAGCUUUAGAUGGACCCAUUAGUGAGAGGAUCAAAGAAUACAUCUCACAGAUUGUGCAGAAAGAUGCUGCUCCUGCAGAUGCUGAUUAAUAUCCCGUUGCUAACUUAUUCAAGGUAAGUACGUUUCGCGAUCUUCAGUGUGGAUAAUAUACGGUGCAGAAAUGGGUGAAGCUAGUACUUAAACAUGCCCCAGCCCGUAGUUUUUGGUAGGAAUAUCUCAGUGAUGAUUGCUUAAUGUAUUUUGCGGACAGACUUAUAUUUAAUUUAGAUCUCUUCUCAUAAACAUCAUGAAGCAUAUGCAACUUCUGGAAAAGGCCGGUAAUGUAAGUUAAAUGGUGUAGUUAUGUAAAGAAAGUAUGGAAAGAACUAAGGGAACUCUAUUAAUAGCUCCAAGAAGGAAAAUGCCAACUUUUAAAAAUCUAA